CCAAUUUACUGCUGCUUACCGAUAGUUUAAUCAAUAGCGACUAGGAUAGUGAAUAUGAAGAAGAGCCAGAAUUUCAGGAAUCCGAAAGUGAAACUGAAGAAGUAAUUGAAGAGCCUAAUUAUAAUAAUUUUCCUGUUGUUACCAUCAGACAAUUGGCGAAGAAGCUUAAAAAAUCUGAACAGUUGUUAGUAAAAUUCCGAACUUGUGAUUUUGGAUUUUUUUGCUAUGACUUUCGAUUAUAGCCUGCGGCGUUUUGACCCUGCCUAUAAGUCUUGCCCCCCUGGAAAUUUUUUGAACGGCGCCCAUGCUACGAUUCAUAAAAUGUUUGUGUUUGGCGCCGACUUCAAAAAGUGAUCAUGUAAAUAAAUAUUUUGCUACCUAUGCGUUUGUUAGUCAUAUGUGAUGUGUUAGACGUAAAAUUUGAGUAGAUGGUAGAUAAAGGCUCUCUAAAAUGCGAAAUUAUGUAAAAAGUAAACUUAGUAAUGAAACUGUGAAACAACGCGAAUAUCGCAAGUCACUUAUUCAAGAGCGGUUAUCUAACGAGACGGCAGAACAGCGCGAACAUCGCAUGUCUCUUAUUCAAAAGCGCUUGUCUAACGAGACGGCAGAGCAGCGUGAACAUCGAUUGUCUUUAGCCAGACGUCAAUCUGCACAAUUAAUACGCAAUGAAAAUGCAGAAGAGAGAUUGAUUCGACUGUGAUAUGCAUGCCCGUAGAAGAUUGGAGAGUGUUGAACAAUUUAAAUCAGCGAUUAAUGUGUUUGCUGACGUGGCAUGCAACAUUUGUAAUAAAAUGAUUUAUCCACAACCACGUGCUAUGUUACAAACAACAAAUUUCGAUAAUUUACUGCCUGCAGAUUUAAUCGCUUUAGGUAACAUUGUGACGUGUAUUCAGUGUUCAAACAAUAAUACUCAGGCAUACUGGAACAAAAUGACCGUUUCUGACAUUCCUGCAGAAAUAGCCAAUUUGACGGAAAUUGGGAAAAGAUUUUUGUUAAGAAUAGUACCAUUUUUACAAAUUAUUCGUGUAAAAAACCGGUUUAGUCAAGAUUGGUGUAAGGGACAAGUUGUUCUCUUUGCCAAAUAUAUUAUCGAAUUGGCUGAGCAACUUCCGCUUCAACCUCAUCAAGCGGGGUUAAUUAUAAUUACAGAAAACCUUGAAAAUCUGCACAGAUCGAGAGAAUUUCAGGUUGAUAUGAUGAAAUUAAAUCAAGUAUUACAAUGGUUGCUAGUUAAUAACGCACUCUACAAAGACGUUCGCCCAUCGUUUUCCAAUAUCAUAGAUCUUUCUGUUGUAAUACAAAUUAGCGAAGCACCUGCUAAUAUUUACUUAGUCUCAGCAAAACAAAGACAAGCAAAUACAUAUACGAGCAUUGACGGAAACAUGACAAUUUUACAAGGUUCUUUUCAUCAAGGCAGUGAAAGAUUUAGCACUGAAUCACGUGGUAAACAAUGUACAGCCAUUGCAACAAUUGCCUGCACUGCUUUUAGCCUUCUUGAUCCUAAUGCAUUGUAUAAAAGUGACGUCGAUUAUAUUGUAAUAUUGGGAGACAAGUACUAUCGUGAGUGUAUUGUUGCUCGAGUUAACCCAGACAAUCGGGAAUUAAAUCGCGAGUACUUAGCUGUGACAGAGCUAUUACCACGAAUCAUUUUUAACAGGCAAGCAGUUGAUUUGAGUAUCCAUUACGAAGCAGCCUAUAAUGGACAUAUUGACAACGAUAAUAGUGCCGAAGGUUUCCCUAACUUGAAAAGCGCUUUAAUGAGAUUUUUUGAGAGCAAUAAAUAUGGCAUAUUAACGUCAAAUGCAAUUACAGUCGCUGUGCAUUGCAGAAAUGAAUCUGAGACGCUUUCAUAUUGGUUAUUUGAUUCCCAUUCCCCUCAUUAG